CUAAAGAUGAGUACUUCUCCAGGGGGAGCCAGACACCAGAGGAGUUUGAGAGGUGAGCCAGGGGAGCUGAGAAUUUUCCCCAGGCUGCAGUAUCUGCACACACCAGAGAAUCAUAAAGAAUUAUAAGGAGAAUUUCCUGCUACAGAAUUAAAAGACAUCUGCUAUAUACUGCCCAGGGUAGUGGACCAGGCUAGAAAUGAGAUAAUUGAGAAGGAACAGGAGCUGCUAGUACAGAAACUGCAGGAGCAACAUCAGCACAUGGUGGCAAAAGAGAGGAGUCUCCAGGAAAAUAUAGCCCAGCUGACAAGAAGCUGAAGAGGGAAAGAGAAAACCUCGGAAAAGAGCAGAAUAUGAUGCUAGAGCAUAAGCUGAAGCUUUGAAGACAGUUUGGAGAAGGAAAAAAUGCAAAUGAUUUCAAAGUUCUCUUCCAUGGACAAUAUACAGUUUCCGGCAAAUCAAUCCAAAUAUAUCCAGACCAAGAAGCUCCAUCUGGAAUCAUUUAGUCACUGAGUUUGGCUUUUGGUUUCAGUUUCCUUCAGCGACAUUUCAAAAACCCCUUUCACUUUGCGUUUCCAUUUCAUAUUCUAAUCCUUUGUCCUCUGGCAGAGUGGGGUGAAGAGAAAAGAAAUCCCUAGGAUUGGUAAGGAAAAAAGAUAUCAGAAACCAACACAAAUAAACUAAGAGAAGGAGCGAGAACUCAAGUUUUCAAUGAAGCAGAUUUCUGAACAGCUCUAAAAGAUUUUUGCUACUGAAUUUACAGUUAAGGUGACACUAUGGACAUGGCCCCAUUGAAUCACAUGCUCGAACCCUUGUGCCUCAUCGAGAACACUAAUGGGCCACUGCUGGUUAAUCCAGAAGCUCUGAAGAUCCUGUCUGCCAUCAGACAGCCCAUUGUGGUGGUGGCUAUCGUGGGCCCCUACCGCACAGGAAAGUCCUACCUGAUGAACAAGCUGGCUGGGAAGAAAAAGGGAUUCUCAGUUGGAUCUACAGUGCAGUGUAGCACGAAGGGCAUCUGGAUGUGGUGUGUGCCUCACCCCAAGAAACCAAACCACACCCUGGUUCUUCUUGACACUGAAGGACUCGGAGACGUAGAGAAGGGCGGCAAGACAAAUGACACCCAUAUAUUUGUACUGGCACUACUAUUGAGUAGUACUUUUGUAUACAAUACCAUGAACAAAAUUGACCAUGGGGCUAUCAACCUCUUGCACUAUGUGACAGAACUGUCACAACUGCUCAGAACAGAUACCUCACCUGCUCUUAACGGGGUAGAUGAUGCAGCUGACUUUGUGAGAGUCUGUCCAGACUUAGUGUGGACUUUGAGAGAUUUCUACCUUGACCUGGAAGCAAAUGGGCAACGCAUCACAGCAGAUGAAUACCUGGAGAAUUCACUGAGGCCAAAGCAAGGCACCAACCAACAUUUUCAGAAUUUUAAUCUGCCCUGUCUGUGUAUACAGAAAUUCUUUCCAGUAAAGAAAUGCUUCAUUUUUGACUUGCCCACUCACCAGAAGAAGCUUGCCCAGCUUGAGACACUGCAUAAUGAUGAUCUGGAUCCUAAGUUUGUACAACAAGUGGCAGAAUUCUGUUCCUACAUCUUUAGCUAUUCCAAGACUAAAACUCUUUCAGGAGGUAUCCAGGCCAGUGGAUCUCAUCUAUGGAACCUAGUGCAGACCUAUGUCAAUGCCAUCAACAGUGGGGAUCUGCCCUGCAUGGAAAGUGAAGUCCUGACCUUGGCCCAGAUUAAGAACUUGGCUGCAGUGCAAAAGGCCAUUGCCCAUUAUGACCAGCAGAUGGGCCAGAAGCUGAAACUGCCCACAGAAACCCUCCAGGAGUUGCUGGACCUGCACAGGGCCAGUGAGAAAGAGGCCAUUGAAGUCUUCAUGAGGAACUCUUUCAAGGAUGAGGACCAAGGGUACCGGAAAAAAUUAGAGAUGCAGCUAGCAGCUAAACAGAAUGACUUUCAUAAACGAAACUUGGAGGCAUCACUGAAUCGUUGCUCAGCUUUACUUCAGGAUAUUUUUCAUCCUCUAGAAGAAAAUGUGAAGCAAGGGGUUUAUGCAAAACCUGGGGGGCAUUGUCUCUACAUUCAGAAGAGAGAAGAGCUGAAGGAAAAGUACAAUCAGGAGCCCAGGAAAGGAAUACAGGCUGAGGAAGCUCUUCAGAAAUAUUUAGAGUCCAAGGAGUCUGUGAGUGUUAUCAUUUUGCAGACAGACCUUGCUCUCACAGCAAUUGAAAAGGAUAUCAAAGGUUUAAAAGAAGAGUUUAUGAAGCCUGAAGCACAAAGGUUGAUGGAAAGUCUAACACAGCAUCAGCAAAUGAUGGAGCAGAGGAAGACAGUCCGUCAGGAACAAGUGAGACUAAUGGAGACAAACAGAGUAUACCAGGAGGCCCUGCAACAGAGGGCCAUGGAACGUCAGCUCCAGGAAGAGGUGAAAAGGCUCAAGGAGAGAUUCCAAGCUGAGAACAGACAACUUCACAAUGAGCUCCAGAAUCUUCUGAGGAAUGACUCACCAGAUGAUACAUGCAUCUUACUCUAAAGAGCUGAACACUAGAAUUCACUAAAGAUGCAAAGGAACAAGAAACUAUAGAACUUGAUACAAUCAUCAUUUAAAUAAACUUCGAUAAUUAUAUUGAA